GCCCUGUUCUCCGGCGCUUGUUUUCCGCCCUUCGUGAGAGAUGGCUUCCCGCGCGGGACCUCGCGCCGCGGGGACUGAUGGCAGCGACUUCCGGCACCGGGAGCGUGUGGCCGAGCAUUACCAGAUGAGUGUGUCCCUCAAGUAUGAGAUUAAGAAGUUGAUCUACAUCCAGGUGGCACUGUGGCUGCUGGUGGCAACGCAGAUGUGUGUUGCUCAUUUCAAGAUGCUGCCCCACGACCAGGUGGCUAUGCCCUACCAGUGGGAGUACCCUUACUUACUCAGUAUCAUCCCUUCACUGUUUGGCCUCCUCUCCUUCCCCCGAAACAACAUCAGCUACCUGGUUCUCUCCAUGAUCAGUACGGGCCUUUUCUCAGUGGCGCCCCUCAUCUAUGGCAGUAUGGAGAUGUUCCCUAUGGCCCAGCAGCUCUACCGUCAUGGCAAGGCCUAUCGCUUCAUCUUCGGCUUCUCUGCUGUCUCAGUAAUGUACUUGCUGGUGGUGAUUGCUGUGCAAGUUCAUGGCUGGCAACUUUAUUACAGCAAAAAGCUACUGGACUCUUGGUUUACCAGCACUCAGGAGAAGAAGAAGAAAUGAAGAAGUGGUUGGGAUUUGCAUGCUUGAGCAACAUUGUCUCUGGGCUGGGAGCUGGAGGGGCCAGACUUGGGCAAAGGUGGAGUGGGUUCUUUGCCAUCUGUGUCUUGGCAAGUGAUGCCAAAAGUUGUCUCUGUGCUGAGUGAAAGUUGAGCCAUAUCUAAGUCUCUUCCAGCUAGAGCUGGGAGACACACAAUAUGGACAACUUUCCUCCGGAGGGAUUUAAGGGAUCUUCUGCCCUCAGGAGAGGCAGCUGCUGCCUUGGAUGCUGCUGAAGGUGCUGGGAGUUCACAGGGAGUGGACAGGAUGUUGAACCACGCACAGGCAUCUUCAAAUGUAAGAAGAUUGGCCAUUGCCGUUGUCUUCAGCUGUGCUGUAGCCUGUGACGUAGGAGUUGGGUGGGAUGAUAUUUCAGGGUGAAGUGGAAAUCCCUUGCAGAUGCUCAUCCUCGUACUCUCAGUAGGGAAUGCUCUAGGCUUCAGCCCUGCAGCGAGAGUGUGCAGUGAUUCCCCCACCCCACCCCAAGAAUGUGGUGGAAGAAGACCUCAUGCACUGCUGAUUUUUGCCAGGAAGGAAGUGCUUUCAGCCAGAUGUGGUCAUGCUAUGCUUUUCCUCUUUGCUCACCAACAGAGGACUGGUUGGUGGACUGAUGCUGCAUCUCUGUCCCUGGCCUGCUUUCCAUGCUCAUGUAGACCAUCACUGCUUUAGGGUUCCAUCCCUGCUCAAACAUUCCCUUUUUCUUAAGCAGCAGAGGUGCCCCCACCCCGAGACAGUGGCUGCCUCCUCCACCUCCCAGGCACUGAAUUUCAACAUCCCUCCUAUGUGCUUCAGUACCAAUAAAGAGCUGAAUGGA